AAAUUGAUUUUUUCAUUGUCUGAUCUUCCUUUUUCCUUUGUCUUCCCCGAAAUAGAAAUAUUUAAAAGGAAAACAAGCUAAGCCCACCGCACUUUCUUGAAUUUUCUCUACCAUUUAGUACUACUUUUUAGCAAGAAACUAUAGUGUCGUCAAUGGUGUGUUUUUGUUUUCUGGUGGAUCAGAAGAGAGUAAUGAAAAAGACUAAACCAGUAGCCGGUUCCUGUUCCAGAUGUGGCUAUAGUGCUCAUGUUGCUGAUAUGUGUACGUUAACCAGAUUUUGUAAUAUACCUUUUUAUUGGAGAUCUUGGAAGGCUAUUGUCUGUUGUUUCUGUGGCGCCAUUCUCAAGUCUUACACAUAACCAUUAAUUCCUUUCUCUUCGAUUGUUAUAUGUGUAAUAUUUAUGUGUACCUUCGCACUUAACUUCAGUAAUAUUGUUCUAAAUAAUACAAAAUCCUGAUGAUCAAAAGGGGUUCAAUUGAAUCUCUCCGCUGAAUAAUAUAUUUUGCAUCAUGA